AUGUCGGUAUCGUCGUCGCGAUCUGUGACUCCCACGACUGCUGGAGAGGGCAAGAAGGAGAUCCUGAGCCAGCGAAGCAGCAAGCUUAGCCAGCUGUACUGCCUUUCGCGGCUCGAUGACGUUAUGCUGGUGAAGGGUAAGCGCGAAGAGUUCGUGCGUGACCUGCAUAGGUUUCUGGAGGAGAACGACGUGGAUAAGAGCAUAGCGAAGCUGAACCAGAAAACUGAAGAGCGGUAUGUGUUGAAGCCAUUGAAGAUACAACGGUUUAGGAAAUCGCUUGGCAUGGGUUCUAAGGUGUUUAGGGGUAUUAAGAGGAGCGAACACGAUAUCAUAAGGACGAAGGACAACGCUAUUGUGUAUGUCAGAGAGGAGAACCCAUACUCACCUUCUAUUGAAUGGGUGACUCGGAAGAGGAAACUCGCCGAAGACCAAACCCAAGAUGUUAGUUACAAGCGACAAAAGAGAAGUUAUGAGCCCAUUCAUCAGUAUCAGAUAAGCAAAUUACCACCUAAACCUACUCCUAUAGAAAAACCUUCAGCUGUUAGCAAAACACUGAAUGAAAAGCUGAAUGAAGUCUAUGACACUGAAGAACGGUUAGACUCCAGGUAUAAUGAAGGCAGUAUAGAUUCUUUAGAAUCGGUAUAUUUGAUGAUGAAAGAAAUAGCACCAUCAAUGAUUCCAGGUGGUAUUCCAUUGGCAGAACUUAGAUAUAUGGCACAAACUUUGCCACUUAUAAGUUUAAUACCAAGGGCUCAUAAGGUUUUGACUUCCGAUAUGAUUAAUCAAGCAUUGCAUGAGUCCAGGAUAACCGUCGUAAGCUCGAGAAUUGAAGAACUGCGAAGAUCGGGGUUGUGGUCAUUAAGGCAACCAAAACGAUUUGUCGAUGGUUGGAACCGUGAGAAUACUCAUCGUGGUACUCUAUUAAAAGAAGCGAAGUGGAUGAGAGAAGAUUUUGUGGAAGGGAAGAAGUAUAAGAUUGCUGUGUGUACAACUCUGGCACAAGCUGUACAAGAUUAUUGGACGUACGGAAAGGUUUGUUGCGUUAGGUGUAAGCCAAUUCAUGUCCCAGGAGAAGACACUCCUAAUUCAAAUGAUAGGAGUGAUAAAAGUGUGGAUGAAACUUUAGCAAAAACUGUAUUAGUAGAGCCUUUGGUUGAACCAGUUGAUGUUGAUAUUGUGCAAGACUCUGUUAUAGAGAACGAUGAAAAAGGUGAUGAUACUAAAAAUGUGCAAGCAAAUAAAGAGACAGAAAAGGAGAGCCAGGUGGCUAACGAAGAUGUUGAUGAUGUUAUGAAAGAUGUGACGGAACAGGAUGUUGAUAAUGACAUUGCAAUCGAUAGGAAUGAUGGUUCUGAUGAUAAUGAUAAUGGUAAUGGUAAUGAUAAUGAUAAUGGUAAUGGUAAUGAUAAUGAUAAUGGUAAUGACAGUGAUAAUGCUAUUGAUACGUGGUUAUUGCAGAGGAGAGCUAAUCCAAAGGACGAAAUAGUACCUAAGAAGCUACCUGAGAUUUCUGAUGAAGAGUAUCAGAGAAUGAAGCAAUCGGAUAAAAAAUCGAAAAUAUUUAAAUUGACAAUUACCGAAAACGAUCUUAGUGGGUUUCAAAGCACAUUACUCUCAGAGUUUCCAGUAUACAAAGGUAUAGACGAUGAAGAUUCGCAUAUUAAUUUAGAUACACUUGAAAUGAUACCUGUUUCUAAGUCAUUAGUACUUCCUGACUUUGAUCAUUACUACAAGAUAGUUGAAAAGCAGCUCAUAGAUGAAGAGCAAACUCUACUGCAAUUGAGCAAACGUAGAGGGUUAUUUUAUGGUAACAGGAGAAAUCACUAUCUAAGACCACCAUCAGUGCCAUCUUUGAAAUAUUUGCAAAAUAGAACGCCUACAAUUUGGUUACCAGAGGAUGAUCAAGAGUUGGUGAAAAAUAUUAGUACUUAUGCCUACAAUUGGGAUUUAAUUAGUGCACAAAUGACUCGGAUGCCAAGUAACAGUUACUUGUCAAACAUUGAAAGGAGAACUCCUUGGCAAUGUUUUGAGAGAUUUGUUCAGCUCAAUGAGAAAUUUAGCUUUUCGGAUUUGAAAGGUCCACGGGCACACGCAGCGCAACAAUGGUUGAUUGAAGCUCACAAGUUCCAACAAAGACAAAAUAGAAGAAUUUCACCAUUGGGUGUUGGUCCAGAGUCGAUUCAAAGAGGUCAUAGAAGAUUGAGAUGGGCAAGCAUUUUCGAGGCGAUGCGUAAGACAAUAAAAAAGCGGGAAAAUGCACCACGUCCUAAUCCGACUCAACCACGAAAGAUGUUAGAUAGUAAGAAUAUGAAGGUCCCUACACCUGCAGAAAUGUCCGCUUUGAAAGCUCAACGAGAUGAGGCUAUAAGAAGAGACAUUCAAUUGAGGAGAACAGCCAAAAAUAGAUUACAAGUUAAGCAAAAUCCGCAGGUUUCAAAAUCUAAACAGUCACAAAAACAAGGCUCUCCUUCGUUGUCGCGUCAACAGCAUCCGGUUCCUCCUAAUGGACAGCGUCCUGUUAAUUUGCCUGUUGGAUCUCAGUUUAGGGUUGAUAACAUGCAGCAACAGCAGCAACAGCAAAAACAGUAUGAUGCCAGGUUUGUUCAAAAACAGGCAAUGCAAGGUAAUGCAGGUAAGAUCGUUUCUUCAGCUGCUGCUCCAGAAAAGGUCCCUAAUACCUCAUACACUAAUGUAGUGAAUAAACAAAUUACCCCGGCAAUGCAAGCCCAGAAUGAACAGCGCAUUGCAGCGGAGAAUAAAUUAAUCAAUAGUUAUGUGAAAAAAAUUAUCAAGCAAAAUCCUGGUGUUUCCCCUGAAAUUGCACUAAAAGCGGCUCAGAGCUAUUUGACAACUAUGAAGAAUCAACAGGCACAAAAAAGAUUCAAGGACAGCAAGCUAAAUUCAGCUUCUGGUGCUCAAGUUAAGAACAUUCCCCAGCCUGGGGAAUCAGUUAACCUGUCACAGCAGGGCAUGUCUGUCAUGAACAGAGGUGUACCAUCGCCGGUGCAGACGGAUCCGCGGCAGAUAUAUGCCGGUAGGGCCUCGAAUGCACCGGGCAAGCCAGUAACGACUGUGGAUACGAUACCUGAAACUGUACAGACAAUGAAGUCACCAACUCCUCAGGAGAUAUUAAAGAAAUUCCAAAAAUAA